CUCAUAGCUUGAAAGGGCAUUUUAUUUGUUAAAUAUUGGUUCCCACUUUUGUUGGAAAAGACAAAAGAAGCAAAAAACACAAAAUUAAAUGGGUUCAAUUCGACCACAUGCAGUGUGCCUGCCCUACCCUGCACAAGGCCACAUUAACCCCAUGCUUCAACUAGCCAAACUCCUACACCACCAAGGCUUCCACAUCACUUUUGUCAACACCGCCUUCAACCACCGCCGUCUACAAAAAUCCCGGCAGGCGGGCUCCCUCCCGGAGCUGCCGUCCUUCCGGUUCGAGACGAUCCCCGACGGCCUCCCGCCCUCCGAUGCCGACGCCACACAAGACAUCCCUUCUCUUUGUGAGUCCACUACAAAGACUUGUUUGGGUCCUUUCAAGGAGCUUCUGGCCAGGCUCAACGGUGACUCCGCCACGCCGCCGGUAUCUUGCAUCGUCUCCGACGGGGUUAUGAGCUUCACCCUGGCGGCCGGCGAUGAGCUGGGCGUUCCGGUGGCGUUUUUGUGGACUAUCAGCGCUUGUGGCUUCUUGGGUUACAUGCAUUAUGCUCAAUUGAUGGAAAAGGGUUACACACCUUUCAAAGAUGAGAGUUACUUCACAAAUGGGUACUUGGAAACAGAGUUGGAUUGGGUAAAAGGCAUGAAGGACAUACGUUUGAGAGAUCUUCCAAGCUUCUUAAGAACCACAAAUCCGGACGAAUUUAUGCUCAAAUACGUGAUACAAGAAACAGGGCGAGCCAAACAGGCCUCUGCCAUAAUCCUCAACACAUUCAAUAAAUUAGAGGAAGAAGCUCUGUCCGCCCUUCACUCAAUGUUGCCGCCGCCCGUGUUCGCCGUCGGCCCCUUACAGCUCCUUCAGAGAGAAAUCGAGGACAAAACCGUAAAAUCAAUCUCAUCCAGCCUCUGGAAAGACGACGACGCUUGUCUCGGCUGGCUCGACAAGAACCAGCCGAACUCCGUCGUCUACGUGAACUUCGGCAGCAUAACGGUGAUGUCGCCCGACCAGCUAGUCGAGUUCGCGUGGGGGCUGACCAACUCUAAAAAACCAUUCUUGUGGAUCCUACGACCCGAUAUUGUCGUCGGGGAAGCGGCGAUUCUGCCCCCGGAGAUCCUGGAAGAGACGAAAGACAGGGGAAUGAUCUCGAGCUGGUGCCCGCAGGAGAAAGUCCUGAACCAUCCGGCGAUCGGAGGGUUCUUGACUCACUGCGGGUGGAAUUCAACUCUCGAGAGCAUAUAUAGCGGCGUGCCGAUGUUGUGCUGGCCGUUUUUCGCGGAGCAGCCGACGAACUGUUGGUUUUCAUGUACCAAGUUGGGGGUUGGGAUGGAGAUUGAUGGAAAUGUGGAGAAGGGGGCAGUGGAAAGGCUUGUGAGGGAGUUAAUGGAAGGGGAGAAGGGGAAGGAGAUGAAGAAGAAAGCCAUGGAAUGGAAGAGGUUGGCUGAAGAUGCUAUAAGUACCCCCAAUGGCUCAUCUUGUCUCAAUUUUCAAAGGCUCAUCAAUGAUCAUCUUUUAUCUCCAAAACGGUGUUAAUCACCACAUUCGUCUUGUUUGAAUUAUAUGAUUUGGUCUCUCCACCUUCUCAAAAAAAAAAACAGUUUGAAGAGCAAUUUGGAAUAUCGAGAAAUACUCCUUCGUACAUUUCAUCAAAGCAUUUCAAUGCUUGUUUCUAAUUUCUCCAUAUACCUCUGUAGUUUCUCUGUUUUAUUUUAUUUUAACGUAACGAGAUUAACUCAUGAUUACUAGUUCAGUUUCUACUUUUGCAUGUUAACUAAUCACUUUAACUACUCAUUAUUGGUAAAACCUUGUACUUUCUACUA